CCAACCUCUAAGUCAGAAGCAAACAACAAUUGGAAAAUCACGUCUUCUUCAAAUUCGCAUUUGUUUGCUCCGGAAAGGAAAGCCAGCGAGAUGUCCGUGCGCCACGACUGGUACCAAUCGGAGACAAAGGUGGUCAUCACCGUGCUCCUGAAGAAUGCCGCCGACAAGAACUACGCGGUGGAGAUUUCGGAGAAUCGGGUCCACAUGACGGCGGAUGGCUAUGAGCUGGACCUGAAGCUAAUGCACCCCAUCGUGGUGGAGCGCUCCUCCCACAAGGCCUUCUCCACCAAGGUGGAGAUCACCCUGGCCAAGGAGACGGGCAUUCGCUGGGAGAAUCUGGAGGAGAAGGUCGUCGCGGCUGCGCCCACCAAGAGCCAGCCCAAAAACUGGGACCAGCUGGUCAGCGAGGAGGAGAAGAUCGACGAGAAGGAGGCCAAGGGCGAGACGGCCCUCAACAACCUGUUCAAGAAGAUCUACAGCACAUCCUCUCCGGAGGUCCAGAAGGCCAUGAACAAGUCCUUCUCGGAGUCCGGAGGCACCGUGCUCAGCACCAACUGGAACGAAGUCGGCAAGGAGAAGGUCACCGUGAAGCCACCCGAUGGAACAGAGUUCCGCGAGUGGGAGAAGUAGAGCGGCACGCUCGUAUUUUUAAUGUCGGAGAGAUUAAGAAAAAAACACUAAUAGAUAUAUUUUUACCAAUGGAUCGGCCGACGACCAAAAAACAACGUUACAAACACAAACUAACAAGAAAUGUUUUCAAUAAAUUUGAUUUAAGAAUCGCAA